AUGAGUGAGAGUGAGGGGCCUGAGAUUCGUAUUGGAUUCCUCAAGGGUGGCAAACCUAUUCAACUUAAGGAAGGGCAGGAAAUCACCAUUACUACUGAUUACAGCAUCAAGAGGGACCAAGAGAUAAUUUCCAUGAGCUACAACAAGUUGGCCGUGGACUUGAAGCCUAGAAAUACCAUUUUAUGUGCAGAUGGUACCAUUACCCUCACUGUGUUCUCUUGUGAUCCAGCAGCUGGUACAGUUAGGUGCCGCUGUGAGAACACUGCAAUGCUGGGUGAGAGAAAAAAUGUCAAUCUUCCUGGUGUUGUGGUGGAUCUUCCUAAGCUGACGGAGAAGGAUAAGGAAGAUAUUCUGGAAUGGGCUGUGCCCAACAAGAUUGAUAUGAUUGCUCUUUCAUUUGUACGCAAGGGAUCAGAUCUUGUUAAUGUCCGGUAA